UCGAGCCUCUCAGUCGUGCCGAGAACCCGCUUCGUUGCGGGGUAACCUCCUCCCUCGGUAGCUACCUUACGGAUUUCGUGUUCUCGGAAACGCGAGCCGAUCGAGAUUCGAUCGAGGUUGCUUUCAAAACAAUCAACCCUUUCGUCGUGUCGUACAGUUUCGACUCGUGAUGUUGCAAAACUUCGACAUGCCAGUUUGAUUUGAAAUCGUGCGAUCGAACGAGAGCCGCAGCGUGACACACGCGUCGAUCGAGUCGGAAGAGGAAGUCGUGCGAAGGAACUUGAUUAUUCGAGCAAUCGAAUGUACACCGUUUCGACUGCAACUUCCCAGGCAGAUAACACCUAUCGAGAUCGCGUCUUCCCGCGACUUUCGCUUCGACGAAGAAGCGGAGGGAAAAAGUGACCGAUCGAUCCUGGUAAUAAGGGAACUUUCGCGUUGCUGCGUUCCAAAGGGACGCGUUGAAUCCGUGGAAAAAGGGUCUCGCCACCCUAAGGAGAAGAAAGUGGACGACCCUUCUUCGAGUUCCCUUCCAAGCCUGUGCGAAACUCUUUUCACGAGAAAGAACGAUCCUCUCGGGAAACCGUCGAAGCGGAUCGAAGAACCGUAAAGAAUUGAGAGCGUUGAAGAGCAAACGAGUAGCUUCGCUUUUCGCGUUAUCCUCUGUUCGAGACGGCGAUUAUUUCGCGACGAUUCUUCCGUAACGAUCAACAGUUUGGGCGACUGUCCGUCGCGUCGAGCGGAUAAAACAGCCCGCUCGAAUUCGGAUCGUUAAAUUUUUCGACGUAGCCAAUCGAGGCGCGCGGUACCUAGCAGCGGUAAUUAAAGAUACAAUUAAUGGCCCGACAAUUAAAUAUAAUUAACUCGGGGGAUAGGAUAUGUGGCGCCCGCUUGCCAAUUAGCGCAUUAGCGCCUUAUCGGACAUCGACCGAUCGUCUGGCUACGGUGGUUCCGUUCGAUCUCGUCCAGACAAUAAAAUCGCCGUAAUCGUUCGAGCGAGACGCCAACGACAGACAGACGAAGAGAAACCGAACGGAUCCCAAAGCGGUUACGUUUCCUUUCGUGCAAGAAGAAGACGCGAGAAUCGAGGGCGGGUAACGAGACUCGAUUAACGAUCUAGCGUGAAGUUUUCAACGUUGAUCGCCGGUCGAAGAACUUGGACUAUUUAUCCGGUCACGAACCUUCAAUUUCCUCAAUUUCAAAGUAGAUUGUUCGCGCAUCGAGCGGACCAGACGCGCCAGAAGAGAAGAAAGUUACCGGAAGACUUUGACUCAAAGCCGAGAAGCGAAACGACGGGGAUUACAUGGUCGAGGAAGAAAGAAAGGAGACUACUGGUUCUUUCCUCUGAACUCGAAAGCUGCACGAGUGCUGUUCGCGGUGUGCUCGAGUCGUUUCGCAACAUCCUGUAGAGGACGCACGAGCAAAUAAGAAGGAAGAGGAGGAACGGAAAGGAGCAACGAAGAAUGGUGGCAGCGAGCUCGUGACAAACGGGGCUUCCGCUCAGGAUCGAAAGCACGCUGAGGUGGAGGAUGGAGGAGUUGGAGACGCUGGAGAGCACGGAGUGCCCCGAGUGCCCGGGUCCACCCCCUGAGUUCCGGUUGCCGCCACCCCCUCGGCCACCGUUCCUCACCGACGGCACCUUUUGCUCCGAAGAACCUCUCACCGAGAUCGAGGACUGCGUCGCUAUUCCGAUGAUCGAUGCGUCGUACCACACGAAUCCAUCGUUGCAGAGCACCGCCCUGAUUAUCACCUGUGCGGUGGUAUUGCUGCUGAUGGCAGCGAUCGUGUCCGUCGUCUUCUGGAAGCACAAGCGGAAAGUUCAGAACCUGCUACCGUGCAAGAGCGCAGCAGGAGCGGCGGCAGCGGCAGCCGCAGCCGCGGCCGCGGCUGGUGGCCGGGCUCGCGUGUUGACCGAUGGACAGUCGCUCGGCGGAAGCGGUAGCGCGGGUGGCGCGGUGCUGUACGAGGACCUGCCGGAAGCGGUGACGCACUCGCAGCUGCACAAUCACCUGCCGAGCCAUCAUCCGAGCCAGGCGCCGACGAUCGAGAUGCUGGACGUGAAGGAUAGCAACAGAGGGGUGUUCGUGUGUAGCAGUCCUGGUCCUGAUCCGUACACGUCGCAGGACCUCUACAAUCCCGUCUACGAGGAGCUCAGCAACGGGGACCAUCCGGAAACGGACGAGGAGAGCGAGUUGAACGCACGUAAUCGGCUUCACCAUCAUCACCAUCAUCGGCAUCAUCAUCGGCCGUCGUCGAAGCCGGCCAGCGAGGACGAGUUCGCCGAGGACGAGCUGUCGGUCGGCGAACCGUCCGAGGCUAGGAUGCUCACCUCGACCGGUCCAACCUGGGGCACCUGUCCAGCCGGUGGCAGGCCAUCGCGAGAGAAACGGGGCAGGAGUCCCAGGAGUCUCGACAGACGCAGGAGAGACAAGAGUCACGACGUGGGAGAGUUUCACGAGGGUAUGCUGCUGGACGCGUUGCUCCAGCUCUAUCCCAGCGUAGCCGGUGUAGCUGGCAACCGAUCGAAUAGCAAUCAACGACAACAGUCCGUCCCUUCGGUGGCCCAUAGGUUACCCUAUUUCGUACCACCGAUGCCAGCCACCCAGGCGCUCAGGGUCGAGGAGAACCCGUACGAGAGUGUGCCGGUGUUAGGUCCUCUCCAUCACUAUUCCAGCCAAAGCAGAAGCAACAAGGACAGGUUACGGAAAUCGAACGACAAGUACAAGUACUCGACGCAAUACGGUGCCGAGUAUUACGGGUUGCAGAACCAGGACGCGACCCCGGUCUACACGCAGGUCGGCGGAGAGUACACGGACACCUAUUCGCAGCCAACCGAUCGUCUCUAUAACGAGGACAAGUACACGCAACCGGUGUAUUACGCGACGAGAGACGGCGAGCAGAUUUCUUCCGGCAGGUUGUACCAAGCUCAACCGGACAGUAGUUUCGGUAGCGACAGCGGGUACAGCCAUCACACAUCCGGCACGACCGGUACCACCGGUACACGCAGCAGCAAUUCGAGGACAAAUCACAGGAAGGACAAGCACCGAAACUCGCAUCAUUCCCAUCAUUCCGCGGAUUACAUCGUGUCCUAAUGUUUGGUCACGAAGAACAACCUUCGAAGAACGGAUUAUCUGCAAAGAUGACAAAGAUAAGGAAAAAGAGAUAAAGUAGAAGAUUGUAAUUACUUUUCUAAAAAGUAACGAUCCCGCGUAUUGUUUCGCGUAUUUAUUUUGUAAAUUGUUUUUUUUUUCUUUUUUUCAUUUUAUUGUUUUCGUCUAUCGAGGAAUAGAGAAUUUUAUUUUCGUACGCCUAGCGACGAUACGCUGGCGUAUUUUAUUUUUUCUUUCAUUUUUCUUUUUUUUUAUUAUUAUAAUUGUUGCGCGUGAUAUAGAAAGUAUUGUAUUUUAGUAUUUCGUAUCGAACGAUGAUGAGAAGGAACUUAGUGGUUCAAAGGAUAUCUAUCGGAGCAAUAGAAAAGACUAUAAAACGUCGACGAUCAGGUUUAUUAUAGGGCGCGACAGAAACACACUCACGGAAAACACAGUGAUCUCUUAGUGAUUUAGUAAGACUAUUUAAAGAAAUUAUUUGUAAUCUAAUGAGACUCAGGCUGGUACCAAAGGACGCUAUUAAGUAAUCCGACUUUUUAGCCUUCUAGUUUGUAAUUUAAUACACGUAGAGCUGCUCGCGAGACGAUUAUUAUUAAAAAUAUAAUUAACGAUAUAACGUCGACGAGUUAUCGUGACGAGACGUGCGACUACCUACCGCGUCUCUCCACAGUGACGAAUGGAUUUUAAACGUUUUCAUAGAGAGAAGGAAAAGGUGAACCGAUCCACUGCCAAACGAUCCUAAACAAUUUCGCAAAGACUGCCCUCGAUUAAGAGAUAUCAGCCAUAAUAACGUACAAAAAAAAAAUACCAGAGAACAGUUUCAUACGCGUUUGUCCCCGGAACAGAUACUUAGAAUAGCACCUAAAUACCUUCUCGUGCACUUAGACACUCGCGACGAAUUCAUUCGGUACCACGUACACGCAUACACGUACAUACACGCUAGUAGUUUCACCAGUAAUUUAAGCACAAAGUUGCAACUUUUCCUCGUCAAUUACGAACGCUAGGUAAUUAUCGUAUAACGUAAGAACGCAGGAACGGAUUUUUUCAACGCGAACGAUCAAGGGGACACGCUCCUAUUUUUGCAAUCUCGUACGAGGUCGCGGCGCGUUUGAAUCGGGAAACAAGAAAAAAAAAGAAAGGAAAAGAAAAUCCAUCAAGAAAGGAAAGAAAGCGGGAGCUUUCGCGAAAGCCUUGAUGCUCCUCCAAAGAGAAUAGAUAGCGUUUCUUUCUGCGAGCCCUUUCCCUGUUUGUUCCAAAUUCUCAAAGCUCUUCUACAAACCUGGCAAAACGAUAACUUGAAAGCUGUUGACAAUGGUUCGUCGCGUAUCAAGACGGUUUCCUUUCCCAACGGAUCAAACAACAACAGUGCAAUAUGUUUCCUUAUGUUCCUUUUUCAUUUUUCACAGAAUCGAAACGAUCUUGCCGGGAAAUGGUAUUUGCAGGGAGGACAUCGGGCUUUAGGGUACGUUUUAGCGUAACACUAAUAACCAUAAGUUUUGGUUCUUCAUAUUUUAUAAACAAUUUCGAAAUCGAUCAAACGAAAGCUUAAACCCCUCCAUAUUUUCACGCGAUGACGUACCCUCGUAGUAUUAACGAUUCUAAUUAAUAUCGUACGGUAUGUCGUCGGUAGUCGCACGAUUUUCCGCUCGCGAGGCGACUCGAUCACGCUGCCAUGGAGAGACAGACAGACCAAGAUGAAGAUUCUGAAAGGAUGAUAGAAAGGACAGUGUUCUUACUAAGCUGUACAGGCUCUGCACACGCUGGUACACGAUACAAAAGGCAACUAUAGCUAUAACAAUACAGUAGAGUUUAAGAAAGCGGACAAGCAUUAUUCGCGAGCGAUCCCGUGUAAAUAAACGAUGCAGGAAGCGAAAGGGUGAAGAUGAAACGUGUCCGGGGAUAGCCCCGGUGUAGCAUACCUGUAUCAUAUCGUUAUCGAACUAUCUCGUGUGCGUGCAUGUGUGACGUGUGACGUGUUCCCUGAAGCGACGAGCAAUGGACAAAAGAAACAGAGAAUGAAUUUAAUAUAUAUAUAAAGUAUAUAAUUUUUAAAUUAUUUAUAUCGAGCAGCGCGUUGUAUAGCGCCGAUAGAGACUUAACGCGUGAACAAGACGAGAGUGAGAUGAAAAGUGCGAGAGGAAAAACGAGAAAACGAUGAAAAGCCGGUGAGAUGAGGUUUUCUAAUCGUUUAACGCGUUAAAUGGCAUGAGAGUCAUUUUAAACCCUAAAAUUCAAGGUAACUAAACAAAAUUAAUUCUUACACAUCCCGUGCCACAUGAAUUUCAAGAGUUACAAUAAAUAUUUUGAAACUAGGAGCAAAAUUUUCAUUACCAAAAGUAGCAAUUAUAUUAUUAGUUUUCUAUUUUGCUUUUAUGCUAAACUGAGAACCAUAAUUCCUCCCUUAAUUGAAGUUGUGCCUUCGAUAAAAAUCCUGGUCCAUUCGAUGAUCAACGUGGUACGUAAUGUGUUAAUAUCAUUAAUGAUCAAUAUACAAGUAUUUUCAUUGUGCCAUUCAACGUGUUAAAGAGAUUGUCUGGAGAUGAUCCAGAUUCCCGUUGCCUCCCUUUCGCUUCCUGGUACUGUACACACUUUAGAUGCAUGUAGAGCGAAUACCUCACGAAAAAAAAAAUAAAGAUCACUCUGUUGUAAAUAUAAUUUUAUAUGUACGAGCCGAGAAAUCAGGUGUGUGCGUAGGUUACUUAGUGGACACCGCUAUCGGACACACGGUCGCGAGGCGCUACCCCCUCGACUACCCUUGCUUUCAGAAAUUUUUUCCACGCUUCAGUGAUUCGUAAAAUAAUUGAAAAUUAAACAAUUACGAAACCACCCUUAUUUCUCACGCGACGACAAAGCUAUAAAAAUUCGCCCAAGGAGACUGUUUAAAGUCUACAUAGAAAUUCUAUUUUUCUGCUUUCUUUUCGCACGACGAGGAAACCACGAAACGCGAGUAUCGAUCUAGACGAGGGAUGUUCGAGGGUGUAACGAGCUCGCGCUCGAGAAUAAAGGUGAACUGUAGGUGGUAUUACAUGUACUUAUCGGGGGUGGGGUGGGGGGGGGGAAAAGAAAGCGCACGACCAGUCACAACGUAUGAUCAAAGAUGCGUACAAUCAAAGAGUGCAGGAAGAGAAGAAUGAAAGGAGCGAACGAACGGCGGGUCGCGAGAACACGCACGAUGGAAUUAGAAUGGCAAACGCUUUUGUACGAUUUUACGUCCAUGUUAGUCAAACGUUUCUCGAGAUCGUUUUUUAUAUAUACGGUAUAUAAAAGUAUAUGUAUACACACAGAAAGAAAGAGAGACACACAACUCGUGUACAGUAGGUACGACGAAACCUAAUUUAUUAUCAUUGUUCUUAUUUAAAAGAAAAUGGGGUAAAGUAUCGUUUUUAUGCCCCGGUUAAGGGUAGGUGCCCAUUUAAGGGUGAAACUCGCUCGAGGAGCUGUCGAGAGUAUUUCUAGCAAGUGGAUAGGGGGUUGAAAGUAAUUUUUAGCAGAGUAUUCACUUGCUAAAAAUGCUCUCGACAGUUUCCCGGAGGAAUUUUUCUGUCAAUUAGGCACCUACCCUUCGAUCUUUGUAUUCGCUACCAACACGUACUUUGUCGCAAUCGAACAAUUGUUAUAUUAUCGAUAUUCAUGCAAACCGCGUAUAACGUAUUGAUUAUUAUUAUUAUUAUCACUAUGCUGAGAGAAGAUAAACAAGGGUGAGCUUGAUUUUCGCCUUUCGUUUUUUCGUUCCUUCCGAGCAUUUCGUUGGCUGGCCAAUUGGCGCGAGAACCAAGGCAGAAAGGAAGAAAAUUUGAGAAGGAAGCGUAAGAACGAACGAACGAUAGGAAGAUUUCUUGUCCCUUUUUGAAAACGCGUAUACGAGUCGCGAGAUUAUUAUUUAUUGUUGCGUUCGAACGGGAGAACGGAGGGUUGUCACCCCUUUCGUACCCUUCAGUCUCGCUAAUCUUAGCUGCGAUUUAGCGAUAUAGGCAAAAAAAAAAAAAAUCAGAUGACAGAAAACAUAGGCACUAGAGUACCUCGGAUGAUAACAAGUAGCAUUCUUGAAAGUUAGCUUGCACGGGCGUUCUCCUUUUCCAUCGCGCCGUCUUGAGGGUGAAUCGAAUGGAAGGGUGAAU